AUGUUCAAGACCAAGGCCGUUCCGGCACGGAGGCGAAGUGCGGGUCGAUGCUUCCUGGCUUUGGGCAUCCUGCUCACCUGCUGGCUGAGUUCAGCAGGAGUACAGGCGCAGUCGCCAGCCAACAUCUACAGCUACAGCCGCACGAGCAGCUUUGUGUACUACGGCGUGAGCGACGGCGCCUGGGCGGGCCUGCUCAAGAGCGAGAUCGUUGAGCCGGGCAACCCGCAGUUAUGCGUGGUCACGACCUACGAGUACGACCCGUACGGCAACAAGACCAGCGCCACGACAGCCAACUGCGCCGGUGCUACGGGCCGGGCCCAGUUCACCCAACGCAAAAACACCAGCACCUUUGCAGCCGUUGCCAGCCAAGCCAUCGUCGUGAAUGGCAGCACGAUCAACGUGGCCGUGCCUGCUGGCCUGUUUCCCUCCAGCAGCGCCAAUACGCUCAACCACACCGAGACCAAGACCUACGACCCGCGCUACGGAGCGCCGCUGAGCCUCACUGGCCCGAACCUGAUCACGACCAGCUGGAAGGUCGACGAUUUCGGCCGUGUAACUCAGGAGACCCGUGCCGAUGGCACCCGCACCGUCACGGCCUACUGCACGCUGGGCGGGCUCGGCCUGGACACGUCGGCCAACAGCAGCGUGUCCAACGGUGAUCCGCUGAGCUGCCCCAGCGGCAGUGCCGACGCCCCGGCCGACGCUGUGGCGUUCGUUCACAGCGAGCCGUGGGAUUCGAGCAGCAACAAGAUCGGCCCCUUCGUGCGCGUCUACAAGGACCGCAUGGGGCGGGACGUGCGCAGCGUCACGCAGGCUUUCGACGGCACGGCCCAGGCCUCAGGCAAGGCGGGUGCGCUCGUCUACAAAGACACCGUCUACACCGCCUAUGGCGUCAAGAGCAUUGAGACCCAGGCCUACUUCGCAGGCAGUGGCAGCUCCACCACCAGCGGUGCCAACGACGUUGGCCUGAGCCAGAUCGUGGUGGACGUGCUGGGGCGCCCCACCACCGUCUACGUGGCUGACCCCAACGGUGGAGCGGGGACCCAGAGCUUCGGCAGUUACGGCAGCCGUCGCGUGGCGCAGACCACCUACGCCUACGUCGGCUUGGCGACGACGACCACCAACGACAAGGGGCAGACCCGCAAGGAAGACAAGAACGCGCUGGGCGAACUCGUGCGUGUGACCGAUGCCAGCGGUGCCACGCUCAUUCACCAGCGCGACGCCUUCGGCAACCUCGUGCAGACCAAGGAUGCGUUGGGCAACCUCACCACGCUGAGCUACGACUACCGCGGCCGCAAGACCAAGCUCCAGGACCCUGACACCGGCACCUGGAACUACGACUACGACGCGUUGGGGCAACUGGUCUGGCAGCAAAGUCCUAACCAGGCGCUCCAAACCGCCGAGACCACGAUGGUCUACGACGUGCUCGGUCGCAUGACCAGCCGCGCCGAGCCCGAGUUCAUCAGCACCUGGACCUACGACAAGAAUGCCGACGGCACGUCGUGCAUGAACGGCAACACGAGCCAAGGCAAAGGCAAGCUUUGCCAGAGUGGCACCAAGAACGGGGUGAGCCGGCAGUACGUCUACGACAACCUGGGCCGCCCCACCAGCAGUCGCACGAGCAUCAACAACGGCCCGAGCUUUGCCAGCAGCGUCAGCUACGACAGCCGGGGACGCGUGCAGACCCAGACCUACCCCACGGGUGUGCAGGUCGGCUACAGCUACACGACUCAAUUGGGUUUCCUGGAGAAGCUCCAGCUCAACACCCCCGCCACCGUGGCGCCGCUCCCCAACGCGAGUGGGCAGACCGCCGCCGGCACCAGUCUGGCUGCCGGUGCAGUGCUGUGGCAAGCCCAGGUCGUGGGCGCCUGGGGCAAGGUUGAGCAGCAGGUCUAUGGCAGCGGCAUCGUCAACAGAGCCGCCUUCGAAGCGGCGACCGGCCGCAUUACCAGCCUGACGGCCGGCGCCAACGACACUGUGCUGUCUCAGACCUACACCUGGGACAGCCUCAACAACCUGCAGACCCGCAUCGACAACAACGGUGACGGCACGCCGGGGGCGAUCUCGGAGACCUUCAGCUACGGCGACAGCCUCAACCGGUUGACCGGCUACAGCGUCACGGCCCCCAGCGUGCCCGGCUCCACCCGCAGCGUCACCUUGCAAUACAACGCGCUCGGGAUGCUGCUCUACAAGAGCGACGUCGCGAACUACACCUACAACGCGCAGGGCGGUGGCCCGGGCAGCAAGCCUCACGCGCUGAAGAGUGUGGCCGGUGUGCUCAACACCACCUAUGGCUACGACGACAACGGCAACCUCACCAGCGCGAGCACCGGCAAGUACCGCAGCCUGAGCUACACGAGCUUCAACCUGCCUGACGGUGGCGCUGGCUUGCAGGGUGUCAACGGCCUGCCCAAGUACAGCUGGCAGUACGACGAGAACCACGCCCGCAUUCGCGAAACCCAUCAGGACAGCACCGGCACCCGGACCACCUGGUAUCACCACCCCGACAACCAAGGCGGCCUGGCCUUUGAGAGCGAGGUCGCGCCCAGCGGCACGGUGAGCAACCGCCACUACCUGAGCGCUGGCGGCCAGGUCAUCGGCGUCCUGGUGAAAACCGGCGCGCUGCCCAUCCUGAGCGCUAACCAGACCACGCCGCCGACCUUGGCCAGCGUCACCCUCGUGAAGGUCGAGUACUGGCACAAGGACCACCUGGGCAGCCUGAUCACGACGACCGAUCACGGCGGCGCGGUGACCCAGCGUUACGCCUAUGACCCCUUCGGAAAGCGGCGCUACACCAACGGCACCUAUGACCCGUUCGGUGCGUUGGUUGUUGACUGGUCGAGCACGCAGAACGCCGGCACCGACCGUGGCUUCACCAGCCACGAGCAACUGGACGACGUCGGCAUCGUGCACAUGAACGGCCGGCUCUACGACGCCAACCUGGGUGUCUUCCUGCAGGCCGAUCCCUUCAUUCAGGAUCCCUCCAACCUCCAGAACUACAACCGCUAUGGGUAUAUGUACUACAACCCAUUGAACGGCACUGACCCCAGCGGGUUCUGCUUCAUGGGCUGCUUCUGGCAGCCCAUGACGCAACUCAACAGGCUGGUACGGGUGGGGUAUGAACUGUCCGGCCUGCGCUACUUUGGCGUGGACUUUCAAACUUAUCGGGUGCUUGCCAGCAUUGCAGUGGCGGUGGUUGCGCCAGAGUACCUUGCCUACUACGGCCCAUUGGCGCAAGGGACACUGGCCAACGCAGCGACAGCAGGGUUCCUGUCUGGUGCAGUGGCGAGCGGCAACACCCAGGGAGCGCUGCAGGGGGCAUUCAGUGCUGCAGCGUUCUGGAGUGUUGGCCAAGUGGUGGGUAAUGCUGGGCUUACUCCAACGGGCGAAAUAAGGGACGGUGCCAAGUUCGCUGGCGCCAUUGCGCUGCACGGCGUGGCGGGCUGCGUGACGGCGGAAGUGUCGGGCGGAAAGUGUGGUUCAGGGGCUCUAAGCGCUGCAUUUUCUAAGGCGGCUCUGCCAUUUACUGCAGGCAUGGAUGAUGGCCCUGGCCGCGCCGUAGCCCAUGCAGUUGUUGGCGGAACAGCCUCAGUGCUAGGUGGCGGGAAGUUUGCCAAUGGAGCGGUGACGGGGGCGUUCAGCUACCUCUUCAAUUAUUUAUCCACGAGCAAGAGAGCUGAACGGAUGGUUAACGAGAUGUCUGCGCAAUCUAAGGAUUUCCGAGACGCUAUCUCCGCCCUGCGCGCCUCCGGGGCCAAAUACUCUAUCGAUAUCGGAAACGAUGUUGACGCGGGUGCGCACGGCGCGCAGGUUGCACUGGUGGGAGACGUUUGGGCAAUCAAAGUAAAUCCAAGUGUCCUAGUGGGGUUUGAGUAUCGAACCAAGAAUAACGGCUGGUAUCCGCUCAAUGCAGAAACCGGACUUGCCCACGAAUUGGGUCACGCUCUCGCCAUAGAGUUGAAGGCAAACAUCGAAGCCGUGACGAUCUCCAACGCACUCGAGCAGCAAUCGAACGACUGGAUUUCCGCCUCCAGCAUGACGUCUCUUUGGGAGGGCUUCCCGGGAACCUGCGGAGGGCUCCACAGUCGUUGCCAGCGUCAGCCUUCACGCAUGGAGCGCCGACUUGAAGGCGGCCCCGCAAACGCGGCCUUUGGUGACGCCAUGAGAACUGGUUUACGUUGGCUGCUGGGCGGAGUGAUUCUGCUGACGCUGGGAGUGCUCGCUUUAACCGACGGCUCCCAGUCACAGACGCCUCAGCCGCUCAUCCCGCCUGCGGCGCGCGCGCGAGUUGCACUGGCUGAUCGGCUGGGCGACUCCUUACCGCCGUCAAGUACCGUGGCGGCAGUCGCUUCCGAUUCGCGCACAACGAGGGCCAAGGCGCCAGCCAUCGAGCGGUGGCCGGACUCUCUCGCCCGCCAGGUAUUGAGCAGUGCCAUCCGCGAUCCCUUUCGAGCCUCGAUGUCAUCCGCUAUUCCCGUCGCGGUGGCGCCUGUGCCGCCGGUCGCGCAGCCAACGCCCGCCGUUGCGCCGGUCGUUGUUCCCGCGAUGAGCUAUCGCUACCUGGGGCAACUCACGGACCCGGAUGGCAAGCGGCUUGUAAUGAUCAGCAAGGGCGACAAGGACGUGACCGUCUCACGAGGCAGCCUGCUCGACGAUGGAUUCAGCGUCGUCGACAUCCAGAAGACCCACAUCACCAUCGUGCACAUCGCCACGAGCACCCUCUUUGAGAUCCGAAUUCCCGAUGCCGAUGCGUCGCCUCUCUGA